UUUCCCCCUGGCAGCACAGUGCUGUUUUGGGGAUAGAGACUUACUUUCGCAGUCACUACUGGUUCUGAUCCGCUUUACAAUCCAUGUCCACUCAUCUGGGGUGUCAGUCAACUCCCAAUCCAACCCUACAGCUGAAUAUGGUCUGUGGCGUAAGGGAGAGACAAACCUGGGAGACCCUGCUGAAGGCUUGGUUGGGGUGGAUUAACUGCAAACCCCACAGGUACAGUUUUUUGAAAGAGCUUAGCUCUCAUUUAGGCCCCUCAGUGCGAGCUGCUGGGUGCUUAAACAUUUAUGAGAAUCUGGCCCAUUGGGUCAAAUCCUGACUGGUUACUGCCCUUGCUGGUGCUUACAGGAGCUCAGCACAUGACUGGUCCAGGCCCAGAGUCAGAGAGAGGGUUUUUAACUUCUGGACUGUGUUGGAGCAGAGGGAGGAUGCAAAAGCCAAAAUGCUGCUCCCCCUUUGUCUCUAUUCCUCUUUCAGAGUUUCCCUUUAGAAAUUGCCUCCGCAUCAGUGGUUUUAGCAAGGCGCUGUGUUUGCAUUUGAGUUUAAAUUCAGCAGACUUGUAAAAGCCUCUCGAAGGUGCGGUUGAAUUGUCAACUGGCCUUCCCUAGGAAGGUGCAGGAAGUGAAAAAUCCUCCCCAAAUAAACAGAUGAAACAGAGCAUGUGGACUACAAAGAGCAGACGCUAGAACCAUGCCAGAAUAUGAUGGGCUUGUUAGAGUCAACUCUUUAGAGGGGAGACCCAGCUGUCUAGUGUCAUUGGCAGCGAGAGAUUGAGCCUUUAGGUCACUGGUUGGAAUCUAGCUUAGGUUUGAUCAUCACAUUGCUGUUACAAACUGAAUUCCGGGGGUCUCCAUCCAGCCCCUACUGUGCAGGCAUCCCUGACCGUGGCAGCGUGACUUGGCUGGUAAGCUCUUUGGGAUAGGGACCAUCUUUUGGUUCUGAGUUUGUACAGCACUUUGCACAAUGUGUCCUGGGUCAAGACUGGGGCCCCAGCUGCUUCUGCAAUACAAAUGAGGCUAGCAAGAGAAAAUGACGCUCUGGGAUGUGGAAGGCCUGAGUUCCAGCCCCUGCUCCAAGGAAAAAUAUAUCGAUAUAAAGAAAGAGAUUGAAACCCCCACCACGGCAUGCCCUAUACCCAGAUGGUUCAGGCACUCAUGUGGGAGGCUGGGUUCAAAGUCCCUGCUUCAGAACGGAUUCAAACACGUGUCUUCUAUGUCCCAGGUCGGUGCAUGCUCUAAGCACUGGGGUAAUGGUUAUGGGGCGUUAGCACCAUCAUCCUUCCCUUUGUGAAUGAUUGCCUUUGCUUUGAUUUUAAAAAUGCCUGAAAACUAAGUGUUUUGGGUCAAAUGAAACAUUUCAUUCAAACCCAAGAUGACUUAUUUUUUUACUUUUUCGAUUGCAAAAAAUGUUGGUUUCUUUUUCACAAUGGCCAGUGCACCAAAACCUUGGUCACAUGCACAGCCAUUUGCAAUGCCAUGUUGCUUUAAAAACACUUACAGAUGAGUAAAUAUCCAGUGUGUUAGGGAAGUGAGUCACCGGCUGGGGAACUACACCCAAUCAGCAAGGAGGCUGGAGAGGAACCAAGCAUUAGAGACUAGAGCCUCCCAAUAUCAGAACUGGAUUCCCAAAGGAGUUGGUGGUGGUGUUCGUCCUUUCAGAGACUGGCCCUAAAUCAGGACUCAAGUGCCUAGUCCCACUGAUGUCAAGGGUGAGGGUGCUCCGCACCUUGCAGGACUGGAGCUUCAGAGAGGCCUGUCUGAGUCAGCACCUUUGUAAGUUCUAAAAGAUCCCAAAAUUUAAAGUGGAAGGAUAAAAACACCUGCAACUCAGCUAGAUCCAUGGCAUCUACUCCACCACCUCUGCUACCUACAGAGCUGACCACCCCUUUUCUGAAGAUAAAUACGCCGUCUCUCCAAGAGGAAGCCAGCGUGGGUGUCAUUGCAGGCGUCAUCACGGUGGUUUUCAUCACACUACUGACAGUCCUGGUAAUCAUCAUCACAUACCUGUACAAGAAUAAAGGUAGCUACUAUACCUAUGAGCAACCAGAAGCAGAUGUGUCUGUACAGAUGGAGAACCUCCCUUCGAAAGGAGAAAAGGAAGAAUAUUUUAUAUAACCCAUUCAGUGUGGCUAACAGCUUCUAUGCCAUACUCAGGUUUGACACUAAGUUACCCAUGUUUCCGGGACUCGGGAUCUAGAGACUUUUUCCCCCUAAUUUAUGAAGUUAAUCCAAGAAGGAAAAGUGUAAUACGUGCACAGUGCUAACCUCAACCAUCAUUCCACUGCGUAGAAUUCUGGUUAAACUGAAGGCAAGGAUCUCCAGCUUAAUAAAAGUGAUUGGUUUGAAGCACUACACUGUAAAAGUGCUAGCUGGGAUGAUAGCACACUUCUUUGUCUGGUUUGUAAAAUGGACUACCAAACAUCUAGAGUUUCUCUCCUCAAGCAAAGAAUGUUAAGGAAUGGGGGGGAGGAGACACAGAUUAAAGGCCAAAGUUAAUCAAGUUGUUAUUUGUGUUACAAUAAAGCCUAGAGGCCUCUAUCAUGCUAGGCUCUAAUACAAUUGCCUAGUGAGUCCCUGCCCCAAAGAAUUUAGUUUAAAGGGCCACCAAGCAGAAGGGGAACUGGAAGCACAGACAGGGGAAGUGACUUGCCUAAGGUCAUACAGCAAGUCAGUGGUAGAGCUGGAAGAGAACCCAGGGCUCCUCAUCCCAGCCCAGUGUCUUAACCCUUGGAGCACACUGCCUCUCAAAAUGAGGACAGCCAUUAGCUGACAGAGGCCAAUUAAAGAAACUUGCCUUAGGAGCUAAUUAUUCAGUGUUGUCCACUACAGGGUUUCUUGCACUUUGAGGUGUUGCAUGUGGCACUGGCCAGUGUCUGAGACCAGACAGAUCCAUGCUCUAAUAAAGCACAAUAAUUCCUAUUACGUCCUUACAAGCAGUGAGGCGAGCAGCUUAUUUCAUGUAAACAAAAGUCACUCAGCAUAAUAAAGUCAUGCCUCCUUGUGGUGUAGGCUGUUGUA